ACAAAAAAAUGGGAUCAAUAAUUCGAAUACUCCUGGUUUCAAUCAAUAUUCUUCUAGCCUUAUUUAUUUUUCAAAAUGGAUUUCUUUUGAAAAGACAGGAGAUUUUAUCGAAAUCCAGUUGCUCCGAUGCUCAUGCACAACCUGGACAAACGUGUUGGAUGAAACAGCAAUAUCAGAGAGUGAUUCUUAUACUCGUCGACGCUCUUCGCUACGAUUUUCUGAUUCCAAUUGACGAAAAUACAAAAAAAUCGAAGGAGGAAUGGUACUAUCGAGGACAAAUGAAAAAUAUCGAAAAACUUGUAAAAUCGGGGAAUGUAUCAAUUGGAACUCUUCUAGCCGAUCCACCAACAACUACAUUGCAAAGAUUAAAGGCAUUAACCACUGGAACCCUUCCAACAUUUAUUGACGCUGGAGACAAUUUCUCGCCUGAUGCGGUCAUAAGUGAAGAUAGUUUUGUCUAUCAAGCAGCACAACUUGGAAAAAAUGUCACACUUCUCGGAGAUGACACGUGGCUUUCCUUGUUCCCAAAUCAAUUCUCAAAAACAGCAGCCUACGAUUCAUUCGACAUUAAUGAUUUGAACACCGUCGAUGAUAAAAUUGCUCCGAUUCUACAAGAUGAAAUGCUCAAUUCAAACUCAUCAAUCAUUAUUGCUCAUUUUCUCGGAGUUGAUCACUGUGGACAUAAAUUUGGACCAUCUCAUCCAGUCAUGGCAGACACUCUGCGAAAAAUGGAUCGAAUAAUUGGUCAAACGAUCGAAACAAUGAAAUCUGAUGAUCAUGGAAUGACAUCUACAGGAGAUCAUGGCGGAGAAUCUGAAAAUGAAAUUCGUGCAGGAAUCCUUGUACACUCAAAAAAACAUCAAAUUAUUCUUCCUGAACGUCCAAUUCAUCAAAUCGAUAUUGUUCCAACAAUAUCUCUUCUAAUGGGUCUUCCUAUUCCAUUUUCCAAUUUAGGAACUGUUAUCACUCAAUUAUUUACCAGAGAUUUAUGGGAAAUUGCGGUUGGAAUGAAUUAUGAGCAAGUAAAAAGAUUCGCGGAAACUUACGCGGCGCAGAAAAAUUUCGGCGAACUUCAUUCUCAUACAAUUCGCGAUUCAAAUACAAUGGAAGAACAGCUCGACACAAUGUCACGAAUCCAGACACUUCUUCGAGUAUCGUGGACUCAAUUUGAUGAUGCUUAUAUUAAUGCUGGAAUAUUCUCACUCGUUGAAGCUAUCAUGUUCUUGAUUACUAAUGAGGUGAUGUCUUUAGAAUGGAUAAUCUAUCGAACGGGAUGUGGUCUCCUUCAGGCAGCACUUCUCACUGAUAAAACUGAUUCCGAUGGGAGUGCCAGAACUUUGUUACUGAUGACUCUCGCGGUCUCGUGUCUCUCCUCUAUCAUAUCAAUGUGUCAUAAAGCUUUGCAAAUUCGGAUAUCGAUAAAAUCGAUGCUCUCGGCAAAAGUAAUAGGCCCAAUUCUCGUCAUAAUCCAUUCGAUUAGUCUUUUUUCGAACAGUUAUGUGGUCUACGAAGCUCAAGUUGUUCGAUACUUUUUGCAAUCACUCGUUACUCUCGUGUUUCUUGAAAAAUUGCGCUCGACUGCGUUGCGCCCUCGGAAACCGUUUAAGCUAAAUUUUCUUUGGAAAUUUGUAAAUCAAGAUCAAAAUCUAAUAAUUUUCACACUAAUUAUGGUUGGUCUGAGGUCGGAGCCCAUUUUUCAUAGAUGUCGUGAAGAAGAAGUUGGAUGUGAUACAUAUUACCCUUCGAGGCAGGCUGGGAGUUUAACCAGAGACGCACAAGUUGUCCGACUUCUAUUUGCUCUCGGAUCUCUUGCUGUCGCCAAUCUCUCGGUUUUCAAAUAUUACGGACUUCGAGAUACCAAAAGUCAAAUUGAAUCAAACUCAAAGAGGAGUUCAGAAACAAUUCGAAUUCUCUCAGCAACAUCAUGGCUUCACAUUGCAAUUAUUGUACUUCACUCAGUAUUCGCAUCAUUGACACAUGAUGUCUCCAGAGCCAAUUUGUCGGCUCAUUCGCUUUCUGUGAUUUCUUUAAUUUGCGCUGUUCUCGCUUGGAGAGAAGGAAAUUCUGCGAUAUGUGCUCAUUUUUUAUUGAUGCCGGUUUAUAUCUUAUUUGGUGACGGGCUGAUUCCGGCGAUAAUUAUAUUCAUAGCAGUUUCAGUAUUAAUUGCUGAAUUUGUGUCAAGAGAAUUCAUUGCAUCUACAAUCGCUUUGCUCAUCCCACUAGGAUUCUAUCAUCUUGGACAUUCACCAGUUAUCUCUUCAAUUCCAUGGAAUGCUGCGUUUGUUGGAAUUCCUGGUGGAACAGCUCUUCGUGUCCUCCCUGCACUUUUCGUACUCUUUCAUCUCAACUUUUCGGCGAUCUCAUCGAUUUUUGUGAUCUCAAGUGAAAGUGAAUCUAGUCAGAAAAUGUCUGCACCCAACACAGCUUGGACGUUAACAGAAACUCUUGUAUUGAUGACAAUACGGGCAACGCUCACUUGUUUGGUCUCUUCAAUACAUCGGCGUCAUCUGAUGGUUUGGAAAAUAUUCGCUCCAAAGUUCAUUUUCGAAUGCAUUCUCACCAUCGUCUUCAUUUUCUCAGCCAAUUUCUUUCUUAUUUAUCGACAGUUUUUUGGCGAGAAAUUCAAGAAUAGUGAAGCAAAAAUAAAUAAAUUACAUUGAUUUUAAUUUUAUCUCGUUUUUCUUUUUAUCACAGACAUUUUCUUAAACUUACUGGUGCUCUCUACUUUUUUUACUUGAAUUAUGAUUAUUUUCUUGUUAAAAAAAUAAAUCGCGGCUUUUCAAAGAAUAAUAUUUUAUUUUAAA